AAGUGAUAAGUCGGUCUAUUUCAUCUCCAUCAGUUUUUUCAGUUUGUUCUACCCGCCAUCCAUUUUUUUUUAAUUUAUAUAUCACCAUUACCAAUGAAAAACAGAUCAUCAUCCUAAAAGGCAAAACCGGAAACGGAAACCCCAAAAUAUUUUCUUUCCACCAAAAAAACAAAAGAAAAACACUUUAAUUUCCCCCCUUUCAUCUCUUCGCCGGAACCCUAGCAUUUUCUCUCCCUUCAAUGGAGAUUUCGUCGGCAUCGCCGACAUCAUCGUUCGAUUCUCAGAUCCAAUCCUUAAAUUCAACCUCAAAUGAUGCGUCUUCGAACGAAAUGAUUGAUUCAAGCGAAGUUAAAAUCGAAGAUCAAGAUGAAGAGAGAGAAUCAUCCGUGGAUAGCGCUGAGUUUUCGGUUCCGGCGGCGUCAUCAUCAUCAGUUGCGAGGAAUGUGUUCGAUGAUGAUGAUGAAGAUGAGGAUGUUUGUAGGAUUUGUCGAAACCCUGGUGAGGCUGAUAAUCCGUUGAGAUAUCCGUGUGCUUGUAGCGGUAGUAUUAAGUUUGUUCAUCAGGAUUGUCUUCUUCAAUGGCUUAAUCACAGUAAUGCUCGUCAGUGUGAGGUAUGCAAGCAUGCAUUUUCCUUCUCCCCUGUCUACGCCGAGAAUGCUCCUAGUAGACUUCCAUUUCAGGAAUUUGUUUUUGGGAUUGGGAAGAAGACUUGUCAUGUCCUGAAAUUCUUUUUGCGUCUUGGUUUUGUUUUAUCUGUCUGGCUUUUGAUAAUCCCUUUCAUCACUUUUUGGAUUUGGCGGCUGGCUUUUGUUCGUAGUUUCUCCGAAGCCAACCGCUUAUUCCUUGGUCAUAUGUCAUUCACAUUUAUGCUCACCGAUUGUCUACAUGGUUUUCUUCUCUCGGCAAGCAUUGUGUUUAUAUUCCUAGGGGCUACAUCCUUGAGGGAUUAUUUUCGACAUGCAAGAGAAGUUCAAGGGCAGGAUGCGGAUAGAGAGGAUGAAGGGGAUAGGAAUGGGGCACGAGCAGUUAGAAGGCCAUUUGGACAGGUGAAUAGAAAUUUGCUUGCUGAUGGCAAUGGUGAUGAUAUUGGGGAAGCUGCAAUUGCACCUGUUCAGUUGAACAGGCGGGCAGAACAUCUUGCUGCUGAUUGGGAUAGAGGUGCUGCUCAACUUGAUGUUCAAGUUGAUCAAAUUUUUGAUGGUGUGGAUGAUGCUGAUGGUGCUGAUGAUGUCCCCUUUGAUGAGCUUGUUGGUAUGCAAGGUCCUGUUUUCCAUUUGGUAGAGAAUGCUUUUACUGUUUUGGCAAGCAACAUGAUCUUUCUUGGAGUUGUUAUAUUUGCUCCUUUCUCACUUGGGCGUGUAAUAUUACAUUAUGUUUCGUGGUUUUUCUCUUCUUCUUCGAAUCCGGUACUUUCCUCUUUUGUGCCACUUACGGGAUCAGCUCUUUCAUUGGCUAACAUCACCUUGAAGAAUGCCUUGACAGCUGUGACUAGUCUUUCCGUAAACUCUGGAAAUCUUAAUGAUCAUGUAAAUGAAGUAAUGAAAGCAAAUGCAAGUGAGCUGAAUUUAUCUCAUAACAACAUCAGCUCCCCCCUUGCUUCAGAUGUCCUGAAAGGGGUGACUGCUGGAACAUCAAAGCUUUCUGAUGUUACUACAUUGGCAGUUGGAUAUAUGUUUAUUUUCUCCCUUAUCCUUCUUUACUUUGGUGCUGUUGCAUUAAUUAAGUAUAUCAAAGGUGAGCCUCUUACUAUGGGGAGGUUCCAAAGUAUUGCUUCAGCUGCAGAAAAUGUUCCAUCUCUUUUACGACAGUUCUUUUCAGGCAUGAGACACUUAAUGACGAUGAUUAAGGUUGCAUUCCUUUUGGUUAUUGAACUUGGGGUUUUCCCUUUGAUGUGUGGCUGGUGGCUUGAUAUCUGCACAAUUCGGAUGUUUGGGAAAUCAAUGGCUCAAAGAGUUGAAUUCUUUUCUGUCUCUCCAUUGGCUAGCUCUUUUGUUCAUUGGGUUGUUGGGAUAUUCUACAUGCUUCAGAUCAGUAUCUUCGUCAGCCUUCUUCGAGGAGUUUUACGUAAUGGAGUCCUAUAUUUUCUUCGAGAUCCGGCUGAUCCUAACUACAAUCCAUUUCGUGAUCUCAUUGAUGAUCCAGUUUACAAGCAUGCUCGUAGAGUUUUGCUUUCUGUAGCUGUCUAUGGCAGUUUGAUUGUGAUGCUUGUUUAUCUGCCUGUUAAACUUGCAAUGCGGAUGGCACCCUCCAUUUUCCCAUUAGAUAUCUCAGUUUCUGAUCCAUUUACUGAGAUACCUGCUGACAUAUUGCUGUUCCAAAUCUGCAUUCCCUUUGCCAUUGAGCAUUUCAAAUUGAAGACUACGAUUAAAUCUCUUCUUCGGUAUUGGUUUACUGCUGUUGGCUGGGCUCUUGGGUUGACAGAGUUUUUGCUCCCAGAGCCUGAGGAUACAAAUGGUCAGGAUAAUGGCAAUGGUGAAGCAGCUAGACAAGAGAGGUUACGCCAUCUACAUGUGGGUGGAGUACAGCAGGAUCAAGCUCAGCUGCCACUUCUUCCUGAUGCUCAAUAUAAUGAGGCCCAUGGUUCUGAAACUUCAGAUGUAAUAGAGGAUGAUGAGGAAGAACAAUCUGAUUCAGAGCGAUACAGAUUUGUAUUUCGUAUUGUCCUACUCUUGAUGCUGGCCUGGAUGACCUUACUAGUCUUCAAUUCUGUAUUAGUCAUCAUACCUGUGUCCUUUGGAAGGGCUAUUUUCAAUUCUCUCCCUCUUCUUCCGAUAACACAUGGCAUAAAAUGCAAUGACCUGUAUGCUUUCACCAUUGGAAGCUAUCUUAUCUGGACUGCUAUAGCUGGAGUCAGGUAUACAAUUGAGCAGGUCAAGUCAAGGAGGGCUGCAGUUCUGUUUGGACAAAUUUGGAAGUGGUUUGGAAUUGUUCUCAAAAGUUCUGCUCUUUUAUCAAUAUGGAUAUUUGUGAUUCCUGUCUUGAUAGGGCUGCUAUUCGAGCUUUUGGUGAUCGUUCCAAUGCGAGUGCCAGUGGAUGAAAGCCCUGUUUUCCUCCUGUACCAGGACUGGGCUUUGGGACUAAUAUUUCUGAAGAUAUGGACAAGAUUGGUUAUGUUGGACCACAUGAUGCCCCUGGUAGAUGAGACUUGGAGAACUAAAUUUGAGAGAGUGAGAGAAAAUGGUUUCUCCAGGUUGCAGAGUCUGUGGGUGCUGCGGGAGAUCGUGCUCCCUAUCAUAAUGAAACUGCUAACAGCUCUUUGUGUACCUUACGUUCUAGCUCGAGGAGUAUUUCCUGUUUUUGGUUACCCCUUGAUUGUGAAUUCAGCUGUCUACCGGUUCUCUUGGUUGGGAUGCUUGUCCUUAAGUGUGUUAUUUUUCUGUGCGAAAAGGUUCCAUGUUUGGUUCACAGACUUGCACAAUUCCAUUCGCGAUGACCGCUAUCUUAUUGGUCGAAGGCUCCAUAAUUUUGGGGAAGUAAAAAGGGCUGCUGAAGAAACAGAGAGUAUGAGUUUGCAGAGGGAUGCCGUAAUUAGACAAGAUGAUGUGGGUUUGUGAUUAUAAGACGAGGCAACCAAGUUGAUGCUUGAUUUGAUUACGUUUAUACCAUACAUGUUUUGAAGGAAGUUGAGGUAAUUGUAGAUCAAUUUAUAUUAGUUUUGUGCAUAUUAUAACGUGUAAUAAUAUAGAAGGAAGAGGAAUGUAUUACUAUUUAUUUUUGUUUCUUAGUAAUUCAUCUUAGUCUCCUGCUGACAACUUUAAGGAUA